AUGGUGUUCAAGUCAUUCAAGUGCAAACUGUACUCCAAAAGCUACCACUCGUCGGCUCAGAAGCAAUCGACAGCUUUUUUCGAGAGCUCAUAUCAGUAUUUGCGGCGGAAUCAGGGUCUGGUGAGCCAGGAUAGUUGCAUACCUUCCCCAGAUAAUGUGGCAAUCGCACCAAACCCCGUGGUGGUAGCUAACGUGAACUAUAACAAUGUUGAGCUAGCCCUGGAUCCCGACGCUUGCGAAGGAACACAUUCACCGCUACACAUUAGCCAGGAUGGCGUUAUAAUAGAGCAAAGACAGAGACGUGGCAGUGGAUCGCGCAGAUCUAGCUUAGGAACUGCAACUGUCUCUGCCACGGUUCCCGUGGGCCAGUCUCUCGAUCGCUAUCGUUCUCGCCAACAUAGUGAAUCUUACGCCCGCUAUCCGAUUCAAAAGUCGAUGGAAAUCAAUGGAAGACUGUCAAAGAGCUAUUUUUCAACCAGCACCGCGGAACGCUCAGGUACGAAAAUCCCAGACAAUUUAUCUUCUAUAUCUUCCAAUCCAGUAGAACCACAUAUUCUCCCGGCGGAAGAUGCCAAACAUUCAGACAUGCCGGUGGCAUUUAGUGAAAGAAACGCUAUAGAAUCCAUCCCUCCUAAGGAUACCCGUUUCGAUCCAACUAUACCCACCUGGGAACCAGACACGGAAGAGUGUCUCAAUCCGAAAACCUUUUUAGAUACCCAAACCAACCAGAUCAGGAAGUCUUUCGCGAAAGGGGACUACGACAUUAUAAAUGCCUGCUUCCAGUCUCUAUUGAGAAACGAUAUUGUUCCGCCAUUGGAUGUGUACGCCCUGGUGAUGAAGUCGGUCUGCAACAGAGAUCUAGACAACGACAACGUGGACAACCGUAUGUUCCAGCUGUUAAGUUGCUACCAGAGCCUCAUAAACAAUAAGAUGAAGCCUACUGAGGAAAUUUACGACGUGGUAAUAGGCAGUCUCCUAAAAGGCUCCAUCGCAGCUCAUGAACAAGGAAACACGAAUGGUCUUGAUUUUUACAAGAUCGCGGUAGAUCUUUUCCAGGCUUCUAAUACCAACAACUCCCAUCAGUUUUCCAAGGAGCUUCUGGACUUCUCCCUUCUGGCUAUGAACCUAUACCCUGGGUACGUCAAGCUUGAUUACGUCCAGGGUGUUUUACAGAAAUCCAAGCUUUAUUACAAAGAUUCAUUUUACUAUGUGGCACUGACAUCCUACGCCAAAAGUAUCAACGACAAUGCUGCCGUAAAAAGCCUGUACGAAGAGUUCAGAAAUGCGUCUGUCUCCGAUUCUCAUCUACAAAGACAUCAAUAUGAAAUCUACAGCUCUGUUUUGUCGGGUUUGGUCGAGACAGGCGACAUGGCGUUGGCGAUCAAAUUGCUGGACAAUGUCUUGACCGACGCGAAGGAAAGGGUGGGACUAGCAUCCAAUGUUUCUCUCGUGCUUUCGCAAUUCCUGGUGUCGGUCAGCAAGCUGGAUUGUCAGAAGGCUUACAAUCUAUGGUAUGAGUUCAAAAAGCUUCGAUGGGUCCCUGAGUUUUCCUAUAACUUCUACCUGAGCCUCCUUUCUAACAGUUUGGGGAAUUGGCGAUUAUCGAAAAAGAUCUAUGAUUAUAUCUUCCCCAUGACGCGUGAGAAGCAAACGCAGCCAAGCAGUUUGAGUGGUCACCUUUUAAGUUCAUAUGCUACGGAAACGACGCUAAGUUCGUUCUUGGACUAUGCUCUUCAAUUGAAGGACACUGAAGUGGUCAUGAAAUUAUUAGAGGAGUCGGUGGUCAAGAAGUUUGGAUUCGAACCCGCUGUCUAUCCCUUCAUAUUCGGAUUUCUAAGGGAUAUCCAUUGCCCUGAAGAUUAUCUGAUACGAUUUAUCAACUGUCAUGGUGACUUUAUGAGCAGAAGCAAGGCCAAGUUCGAGUUCUUGAACGGAUUGAUUGACGCAUAUCAGUCUCAGGUCAUUUUGAGUAAGGUAGCCAACACUCAAUUCUUUUUGAGUUGCUGCAAGAGUUUUCACGCACCAGACAGCGACAUCAACUACAGUGGCUUGAUCGCAUGCUUCCAAAGCUUGUGGGGCUGUCCACAAACUAUUGAGAAAUACAGUUAUAACGUCAAAUUGCAUGGGAUAAUGAUUUGCAAACUCUACGACCCAGAGGGCUAUUAUGCUGUGAUGGAAAACGAGUUCUUGCUGCAGUUUAAGGAUCGCUUGACGGCUAGGUUCGAGAAAUUAAUGACGAAUUAUCAAAGACUUGGACUCGAUCCUAAUGAAAUAACAGGAACGUCAGUUCAGGCAGCCAGGAUGAUCAACAUGCCAGAAGAAGUAGUGGAGUUUUUUGCUCAUCCAGGUGAUUGGGACAAAUCUUAUCCACUGUGUCUGGGGUCGAUGAUCCGUAACUCUUUCGUCACAGGAUCCAAAGCGUAUGAGAGAUUGCGCAGAGAAGGAUUUUGCUUUGACUACGACACGUACAAGCAGUUGGUAUCGCAAAGGGUAAACGAUGCGGAAACAGUCACCAAGUGCUUGGAACUCUGCCCUGAUGAAGAGGAAAAGAAGUACAUGAGCAAUUGUUUGGUUGUGAAAACGCCAAGUAAAGAACUCGAAAAAAAAGUUUUAGAGCAUCCUUCAUUCCAGGAAAAAAUCCUGCCAUAUCUCAAAGACGAUUCUUAUCUUCGCCUCGCGAAGAAUGUCGGUAAUAUUCAAACUUUCAUGGAAAGAGUUCAUUUUCCACAGAACUUCCGAGCUAUUACAGAACAAGCUGAACAUAAGGCUUCCAUCGGUUAUGUUUACGAACAACUAUAUCGAAACAAACAAUACUCCUACAUUGUUGAACUCAACAGCUUAUGCCCUGUUCUGGAUAUUGGUCUCUUGCUGAGGGCGUGUAUCCGUUCCGGCAAUUUUUCGCAAUACAAUACGUUGUGGGCAAAGUAUAAUGACCGUCUUGGAAAUGAAAGCUGCGAUAUACAGGCCGAGUUUUUGCUAAACAACAGAGAGGUAAAUGAAGCCAUCAAAGUGUUGAGAAAUUCAAUUGCUAAAACCGAUCACAAGUCGAAUGAUUUGCUGUCCUUCGCCCUCUUCCUCAAAUCUUUCUCGACACGCGUGAUACAUCUGGAAAAAGUAGAGAAUUCUUUGCAGUUUGCUAAUGUGCUAUCUGCUCAAGACACCUUUGCGGGCAUGGUUGCACUUUACCAAGCUCUCAUGAACGAGACAAACAGCAACUUCGACAUAACAGUUCAGCAGGCUGUAACAUUAGAAAUCACGGAGCAGAUGUUGAACAAUCUUGAGGAUUCCUUGCAAUUUAUCGACUUGAACAAUGAUCAGAUAAAAAGGACAGCAAUCCAAAAGCUUUCCAAUUACUUCAGGUUCAGGGCGUUUCUCAAACUACCAGAAGUUGCAGAAGAUGACAUAUACAAAGUUGUCAACAUUUAUUCGAAGAUUCAGCCUUCUGGCAUUGACGCGCUGUUCAACAAUAUUGUUGAGACCAUUUAUCUCAAUCCCAACACCAGGUGCCUGUACCUACUAAACAAUAUGAAAUUCAACUUCGACCCACAACAAUUGUUCAAACUCAUAACGUUCUUCGAGAAAUUCUACGCAAGUGAACUUAAUGAAGAAGAUGCAGAAAAGGCUAAAGGGUUUGGACUUGUUUUGCAUAAACUUUACAGAUUGAAGGACUGA